AUGUUACAGGCUGCUGAAAACACAGCAGUUGCCACAACAAUGUUUGCUUAUCAUCAUCAACAGCAGCAGCAACAGUUACAGCUACAGCACCACCAUCAACAACCACAACAGCAUCAGACAACACACCACAAUCUUACGCAACAUACUCCUCAUAUGUGGUCACAACCUUUACCGCCACUCUCUCUUCCGCCACCACCCCUAAACGUCAGCACACCCACUAACACCGCGAGUCUAAUGGAAAUGCAUUUUAACAAUAGUAGCCAAGAUGAAGCGCCACCACCACCAACAUUUCAUCCGCCACCACCUCAACAGCAUCAGCCACAACAACAUUUUGCGAAUAUCAACACACCAAGAUCAAUAAUGCCAACACAAGCACAACCACAAUCGUAUAACAGCCAAACGCAGCAUCAACACCCUCCUCACCCACACCCCCACCACCAUCAUCAUUUACAGCUACAACAACAGCAGCAGCAACAUCUGCAGCAUGCUGUGCAUCAUCUACCAAAUCCUCCUCCUCAAACUCAGCCACAACAGCAACCAUCAACAAUAACACCACCCCAACAUCAACAUGACUCAAGAGAUCAGGUUAAAUUUUAAUUUUUAAAAUAUUAAUUAAUUACAUAUUAUUUUCUCGUUUACUUUACAACAACAACAAAAAACAGAAAAAGAUUUUGUCUUUCUUUCUUGUCUUGUCUUUUAUAUUUUUCGUUUUAUUAAGAAAGUUUGAAUAUUUCAAACGAUAUUUUUUGCACAUUGUUUUGUUAGUUAUUAUUUUAUUUCUUCUUUUUUUUAUAAUAAAUUGAUAUUUUUGUUUAUCAACGUUUGAAUGAAAUAAUAAAAGAUGAAGAACAACAACAACAAUACUAAACAUCGACAUGAGUACGUUACAAAAAGAGAGAGAAUCUGUAUGCUGAUGUAAACACACUGAUUGUAAGGGAAAAUGUUGCUAUACAUUUGGUCAUGUUUAUAAACAUUUUAAUUGACUGCUUACUUUUUUUACUUAGAAAAUGGCUUACAUCGUAUCAAAGGAAAGGGAUUAUUUUUUUUAUAAAAGCAAUUUCUGAGAGUAAAUUAUGUUAAAAUAGUUUGCAUUUUUUUUAAUAAAGACAAUUUUUAUUAACAGGGCAUAAUUAUUUAGCUGACAAUUAAUGUUUCUUUCGGAUUUAGCAAACUUAGCAACCAUAACGACGACGUAAAAUCAUUUUCCAUUAAAAUUUAAUAUUUAUAAACCUUUAAAUUGGCUUUAUAAAGGCUAUUUUUCUUAUCGAAGUUUAACUAAACUAGACAAUCCCCGCUGUUCUGUAAAUCGCAUCCGAGUAAUGCUUUCGUUUUUAAAACGAUUUCACAUAUUUUGGUGUUCUAUAAAUCGAAUCCACACGAUUUACUCGUUUUACUUAUGAGUAAACAAAACUGUUUCAAUGUAAAGAAUUGUUCGAUUUGCAGAACAUCAAUUUGUCAACUAUUCUUUUUGGAAAAUCUUUCGUUUUUGAAAUCACUCGAUUUAUAGGACAGAGGGAAAUUUGUCAAUUAAAAUCUUUCUUUUUUGAAAUCACUGAAUUACAGAACAGGGGCGAAAAUUAAAUGCAAAAAAUGUAACAUUUUUGGAAGACAAAAAUUAUUUCUAGUUUUGUUUUUUAAAUUCACCAAAAAAUAGAUGCGUUACUGAGAGACAAAUAAGUCUUGCUGCAUCAAAUCAAUGUAUGUAUUUGUAUAAUAAAUAUUUUAUUUAUUUAUCUUCAAUUUAUAUAACCAAGCCUUAGGGGCCAUUAAUGGUUAAUAAAAGAGAGUAAAUAUAUUUAAUAUAUUUUACUCUCAGUUGCGCCUCUAUGCAUGUCUUUGAAUAAACGUAUGACAAUGUUAACAAAAACAUAUCCUUAAACAUACAAAUCAAAUCUUUUUAAUUCAAAUUUCUCGGGAGUAUAAAACCUUGCCAUCAUUUAUAGACUUUUUGCUUAAAUCCGAAAUUCAAAUGUUUUUAGAAAAUUAUUGUAUUCCACUUAAGUAAUACUACAAUUGUUAGUUUUUGAAGAAUCAAAUACAUUUGAUUAUAAAUUGUCGUGGGCAAUGUUAUUAUGUUAAAUAAACUUAAGUUAUUACUUUAGUUGUGUCAGGACAUUAGUUAGGAUUGCAGUCCACCAUUUUGGAGGUUGCCUGUAAAUUUGAUAGGUGCUCGAUUUUAACAUUUAUUUUUAUAUACUUUCUUUGUAAAAGUUUUUUUUAAUUUUUUAUAAAAUUGGUCAAUAAGCUCGACCCUAGAGGAAUGUGGCGAUAAUUACACAUUUUCUAAGUACAUAUUGCAAAUGUUCAGACAUAAGUAUAAACUGAUAUUUUAAUAUCAAUAUAUUACGGAUUUUUAUUAACUUUAUUUAUAAGGCCAUUUGGUUCUGGAAGCAUACACUGAAACACUUAGGACCUAAUUUGUAUACAAUUUCAUUUUUUUUUUAUUUUAAAUGUAUGGUUUUAAUUAAAUUUUUUUUUCAAAAAAAAAUGGUGCCGCACCUUCACACACCAACCGACGAUGAUUAUUUCAUUACAUUAAUUCGGUAAUAUAGUUUAAAGUAUCUAAAAAUUUCAAAAUUUAUUUCAAAUAUCGGCUUUUUGUGUACAAAACUAUGAAUGAGGUCGUGAAAAAUGCCAAUUGUGGUUUGUAUUUAUGUAUAAAAUUUUACAUUAGUUUGGGAGUAUUGCUGGUAAUGUGUGUUCAAAAUAAAUAUUAAAUGAUUUUUGACCAAAAAUAAUGACGAUUUGGAUUAAUUAUACCAAACUUUUUUUUAUUUAUGUAUUAUAUACUGAUUUUACAUUAGUAUAUGCUUAUUACUGAUAAUUCCUGUUUAAAAAUACAAUACAACUAAUGAGUUUAUUAAAAGUUGUAUAAAAAUCGUAUACGAAACUUUUGAUAUAUCAGUCUCCAGUGAAUGUUUGUUACAAGCAGAAGCAGCUAAAGGUAAACAACCUUCAGUUGUAAUAUAAACAAAAGUUUUUAUUUACAUUUUCUUUAGCAACAUUUUCCCCUCAACACAAUUGUGCAUCUAAACAUGUUUAGAACAUAUUUUUGUCUACAACAAUAAAAAACACAACAAUAGUCAAAGAAAGAAUAAGCAAAAGGUAAACAACAACCUUCAGUUGUGGUAUAAACAAAAGUUUAUUUACAUUUUCUGUAGCAACAUUUUCCCGGCAACAAAAUUGUGUUUAUAAUUAUGGUUAUAACAUCUUUUUUAAUCCAAAACAAACAAAAAUCAACCUGAUCGAUCCUUUUAUGUUAAAUAUUUUUUAUAAGAUACCAAUAAAAUCACAUACUUAAACUUGUAAAUAAUGAAAGAAAACCCCAUUAUAAUGAACAAAUUCUAUAGCAUAAAGUAAAGAAUACAAUUUAAAUACUACUAUUAAUGCAACGAAUUUAUUUCCAAGUUGCUUCAUCAUUAUUAUAUAUAGUUAUAUAUACAUGCAUACAUACUAUAUAAAUAUAUAUAUACGAUUACAUUAUAAAUUGACAAUUGAUAUACCACAUACAACAUUACAACAUUAUAACACAAUAGGAAUUCUUUUUUUUCUAAAUUAAACAAUUAAAACUUAAUAUAAACAAUUUAUAUAGAUAUUAUUACUUAAAAGAAUGAUAAACACAAGCUAUUACAGAAGAAAAAACAAACAAACAAACGAAAUUAAUAAAAUAUAUUAAAUGAAAAAUAAAAAAACAGAUUUUUAAAAAAAAAAUAUGAAAUAUUUAAAAAAAAGGUUUAAAUACUUAAAUUGCACAUAAAAUACAUAAAACAACAAAUAAUAAAAACUUUGUAUAGAGAUUUUUUCCCCUUAAGCGUAAUUAUAUAUAUAAAAACAAAAACAAACUAAAUGUAAAGGUUUAUAAUUUAAAUAUUAAAUUUAAAUUAAAUAAAAUAUAUAUAUAUUUAAUACAAUAAAAGAAAGAUGAAAAACAAAAGAAAAAAACAUACGCGCAACUUGCAAGAUAUUCCUAAUAACUGAAAAAAAAUGAUAAAAAAAAUUUUUAAAAUAUAUUAAAUGCUUUCUCUGUUAGAACUAAUGCAAAUUACUCUAAUUAUAUAAAUUAAUAAAAUAUAAAUGGAGUAAAAAACCGAAGCAAAAUAUUACAAAAAAAAAUUAAAUGAAAAACAAAACAUAAAGAAUUUGUAGUUUAUGGUCAUUAUUAUUAAAUAAUUAAUUAAAACAAAUCUAUAUAUAUAAAUAAAUAUUAUUAUAAUUAUAAUUAUUAUUAAUAAAUGUGUCUGCACGUGUAUAAACAAUUAGUUUUAUAAAUAUAAAUAGAAAAUAAUAAAAACUAUUUCUUUUUUUUAAACUUCAUUUCUUUCAAUUAACUGCAGUAUUUAUUCUCUACAUAAUUUCUUAAUUUUUUUUUAAAAGAAUAUAAUAAAAUCAUUAAAUAUUAAGAAGACUUUAAAAAAGGAAUAUAAAUUUAUACAAACAAAACAAAAAAACAAA